CUUGUUAGUGUUGGUCGUGGCGCGCAAUUUGUAUUUGUGCAGUAAGGUAGUAGACAGACUACUUCAACUGCGUACAGCUUCUUAUAAAAUAGCAAUAUUAGCGAGAGUUGACGUACAUAUAAAAGAUUAGCCUGUCAGUCUGGGUUCAAUUGGGUUAACACUGCAGGUAUUUAUCGCAGAUUACACAACAUGGAGGAACUGAGUAUCUACGCGGUUUUUGGAGUGGAUGAACCACCCCGUGAAAUGCUGGGUCCCACAGAACCCGGGCAUAAACCUAUUGCAAUACCCGCAUUUGUACAACAGGUGGUGCUGUUCACUAAGGGGCUCUGGGGUAAACACACUAGUGUCACUGUAGAAUUAAGUGACACAAAGUCGAAUCCCAUCAUAUCCGGCAAACUGACCCCAAAGAAUAAGUCUCUUUGCUGGGAGUACUGGGAAGAUUGCAUUUGGUCCAGUGGGGCAACGCUCUCUGUUAAACUUGACAGUGAAAUGAUGGCUGUAGGCGAUCUGCUGAUACCAGACCUGACAAAGAAAGAGUUCACGCCAGAGUGCCCGGUUGCGCCUCCAGUGAUGAGAGAGGGCCCUGGGAAGAGGAAAAGAAGUGCACCAGAGCCAGAGCGGGAAACGGCCAACCAGGAGAACGCGUGCCCCAACAGCCAGGCCUCGGAGAAGACCACUCCGCACCGGAAGGGCCGGAACGUCCCCCGCAACAACCAGACACGUCUCUUCCCCCAGAAGGACGAGCAGCCGGCUACCACCCAGGCCAGCACCCGCACACCCCCUAUCGCCAAGCCCAGGGGUAGACAGGCCAAAACUCCCACCCGAUCAGCCCCCCUGGACUGUCCUUCAGGUCGCUGGGGUCAGAGUCUCUGCCCCAUCGAUCCUCAGACAGCCAUUCUCAUUGGUGGACAAGGUGCAAAGAUGCAGUUCUGCAAAGAUCCUAUGUGGAAGCUAUGCACAGAGGACCAGUCCUGGGUGCCCGCUGAGACUCUGGCCGAAGGGCCCACGCCCGAAGCCAGGAUCGGCCACACAGCCACCUACGACCCCGAGUCCAAGCGCAUCUUUGUUUUCGGUGGCUCCAAGAGCAAAAAGUGGUUCAACGACAUGCACAUCCUGGACACCCAGAGCUGGCGCUGGACUAUGGUGGAGGCUCAGGGUAAGGUGCCCCCACUAGCCUACCACAGCUGUAGCCUGUUCCGAGGGGAGCUGUUUGUGUUCGGCGGGGUGUUCCCUCGCCCCCACCCUCAGCCAGAUGGCUGCAGCGACUCCAUCUACAUCUUCAACCCCGAGAUGGCCAUCUGGUACCAGCCCAUUGUCAACGGAGACAAGCCCGCGCCUCGAUCAGGACACUCUGCAUGUGUUGUUGAAGGAAAAAUCUUCAUCUUUGGUGGAUGGGACACUCCUGUGUGUUUCAAUGACAUGUACAUGUUGGACCUGGGCUUGAUGGAGUUUUCUGCUGUGAAAACAAGUGGAACGCCCCCUUCUCCAAGAAGCUGGCACGGCUGCGCUCUUCUCUCUGACUCGCGGUUCCUGGUGCACGGAGGCUACAACGGCAACAAUGCCCUGAGCGACACCUUCAUCUUCAAUACAGAGACUAGCAGCUGGACCACUGUAGUUCACCCCCAGCUCACUUCAGUCCCACGGGCUGGACAUUCCAUCAUCAACAUGACCACAGCAGGCUCACAGGACUCAAUGGAUGAGGAACCAAUUAAAGAUACAGAUGAGUCUCCAAAACAGUUGUUCAUUUUUGGAGGGGGAGACAAUGAGGGGAGUUUCUUUUCUGACAUGAUAACCCUUUCAAUGAAGGAGCUGGAAGAUUAAACUGGUGGUUUGGGGAAUGGUGAACAAAAUUAGGUGGAUUUCAUUGAGGCCUAUUGUAUCAUAAUUAUGAAUUGGAUAUAAUGCCUGUUAUCGGAGUAUCUUCUCUAAUUUUAAAUAUCUGAUGAUUUUCUAAAUUACACAGAAUUAUGAGGCAAGUCAUCUGUGGCUAAUGGUGUGACUAUGGUGUGUUACUCCUUUCUGGUUAUAGGAAGUUUUUAAUAUAUAUGAUAAGAGGGAAAGGACAUUUGUUUUUGAAAUGGAAGAAAAUCUAGAUCUCGGGUCAAGAGUCACAUGUGUUUGUAAAUGCUUUAUUUUGUACAACAUUGUUUCUGUUUUUCCCCCCUUUACAUAAUGAUCUUUGACAAUUAUACAAUGUAAUUGGUUUCUGUAAUCCUGUGUGUGGAAUGUAUAUAUUUUGUACUAUGAUUUUUAAAAAGGUAUUUUAAUUAAA